AAAUAGGUGCUGCGUGCAAUAUGGGUGAAAUACUGCACAUUUUGGAGUCGAUCCGACGAUACCAAUUGAGGGAUUUGAUUCAGCUGUGACCGCGUCACCUUGCCAGUCAUGUUUAAAACGAAGGAUCCUGAGAAGUUUCACCUGGUGACUGAUGUAAAAAGUACCUACUCUAACGCGGGGAGCACUCACAGCCUCGAGGCGAUGAAGCAAAAUCUCACCGGUGGCAUCAAGCACUGCCAUGAUAACAGCCACGCGCAGGAAGACCGAGAGCGGGAGAAGAAAAUCGCCAGGAAGCGAUUGUAUGUGGUCUCGGUUGUCUGCCUGAUUUUCAUGAUUGGCGAAAUCCUCGGUGGGUAUUUUGCAGGAAGCCUUGCGGUGAUGACCGAUGCGGCCCACCUGCUUGUAGACUUCACCAGCUUCAUCAUCAGUCUGCUGUCACUCUGGCUCUCCUCCAGACCAGCAACGCACAAACUCAGCUAUGGCUGGCACCGUGCAGAGAUUCUGGGUGCACUGCUGUCAGUUUUAACCAUCUGGCUGGUAACGGGCGUGCUGGUUUACCUGGCGGUGGAGCGCCUCAUCAGUGACAAUUACACCAUCGAUGGCACGGUCAUGCUCAUUACCUCCGGCUGUGCGGUUUUGGCCAACAUUAUCAUGGCCCUCACCCUUCAUCAGUCGGGCCACGGCCACAGUCACGGAGGACUCUCUUCUCAUGGCCACGGUCACACAGACGUGGAGAAAGAACGUGCCAGUCAAGGGCGCAGAGUGCAGCAGGCGAACGCCAGCGUGCGCGCUGCCUUUGUGCACGUGGUGGGGGAUCUUCUCCAGAGCCUCAGCGUGCUUGUCAGCGCCAUCAUUAUCUUCUUCAAGCCAGAAUAUAAGAUUGCGGACCCCAUCUGCACCUUCCUCUUCUCCAUGUUGGUCUUGUGCACCACCUUCACCAUCAUGAGGGAUAUUCUGAUAGUGUUAAUGGAAGGUACCCCAGUGGGGGUGAGGUACGGCGAGGUCAGGGACGGUCUGCUGGCAGUCAAAGGGGUCACGGCCGUCCACAACCUUCACAUCUGGGCCCUCACUGCCAACCAGGCCGUGUUGUCUGCACAUGUAGCCAUAGACGAGUCGGCGGAUGCUCAGACCGUUCUCCGAGAGAUGACGCAGGCCUGUUACUCCUCUUACAACUUCCACACAGUCACCAUCCAAAUGGAGCGGCAGGCGGACCUGAAGCCUGGGUGCAGCCUGUGCGAGGACCCAAAGAUGUAGUCGAACAAGCCAGGCAUCAGCAUCGCAUCCGCAGUCCCAGUUUUGCUUGGCUUCCGUCACUAUUUGCUGAUGCUGCAGUAAUCUGUGGACCCUGUGGUACUGAUAUUUUCCCAAGAAGCGCUCAGGUAGAACUACCGAUGAGCUUGUACUGGAACGAAAGACAACAAUGGAGCUUUUUUUCCCACCUCAUCCAAGAGAAGCUUCCUCCGUCCUUAUUGUCUUAACUGUAGCUGUAUUAAGUGUAUUCCUGUCGAGCUACGUAACCUGUAUGAUGAGAGCAUCAAGGGGCUUUCAAUACUUUCUCCAAGUAUAGGUGUAAGGUACAAGUUGACAAUAUAUAUUCAAUAAAUGAGUAGAUCAGAUCAAUAACUCUGCUGUCUGGGAUGAUAAAACACUGUUAAGUACAUGCAUUCAAUAGCCAGCAUCGGGGUGAGCGAUGGCGCAUAUUUUGCUAUCGAUCUGGAGUAAAUGCAGAACCGGUAUUGUUGAUACUGAUACCGAUACUUUCAGAGUAUCAUUGAAUGAUUUUGUUUAAAACCCGCUACAUGAUACUGUUGUUUCCCUGGGCAGCUCCUUCAGCAGCAGACUGUUACACCCACGGUGUAAGAGGGAGAGAUUCCGCAGGUCCUUCAUACCGACCGCUGUCAGGCUCUACAACACCUGCACCACCUGAACCAUGUUGUAGUCACUAUGCUUUCUUUACACUGUACUCUUUACUUGUGUAGCUUGCUUGCUUGCUGCUGUAACAAGUAAA